UGGGUUUGUUUAAGAACUUCGAUUUUGUUUAAGAACUUCGAUUCAGUGGAGGACGCACGAUAUGCAUUGCACGCGUGGAUUGAAGAGCUUAAAGAUUCUGGUCUGUUACUCGACACCAAGAACAAUACAUUAAUCACAAUGCAUGAUUUGUUACGUGAUGUUGCCAUCUCGAUUGCAUCCAAAGGCCACGGUGCCUUAGUAAGAGCACAACGAGAUGUCUUGAAGGAAUGGCCAAACAAUAAGGAUUUUUCUGAAAAUUGCACAAUGAUCUCUUUGUCUUGCAAAAACAUCCCUAGGCUUCCUGAAGUUUUGAAAUGCCAACAACUGGAGUAUUUUUAUUUGCACUUUAAUCGUGACUUGCUUGAAAUCCCAGGUAACUUCUUUGAGGAGAUGAAAGAGCUUAAAGUUAUGGAUUUAACCGGUGCGCGUAUUUCGUCGCUGCCUCCAUCUCUUCUGCUCCUAGAAAAUCUUCGUACAUUGUGUUUAGAUGGUUGCGUGUUGGGAGACAUAACUCUAGUCGGACAACUAUUGCAACUAGAAAUGCUCAGCUUUAUAAAUUCCAAGUUUAAAGAGUUGCCCGAAGAAAUAGGGAAAUUGACUCGUCUUCGACUGCUGGAUUUAAGCUGGUGCUUUGAACUCAAAGUGAUUUCACCUAAUGUUAUAUCACGUUUGACAAGUCUAGAAGACUUGAGAAUGAAAGGCAGCUUCAAUGGAUGGGUGCCCGAAGGAGUAACCGGAGAAAGAAGUAAUGCUAGCCUUUCAGAACUGAAGGACUUGCCUCGUUUAGCUGCAUUAAGCAUACAUGUUCCAGAUGCUGGCAGUAUUCCGAGGGACUUGUUCACUGACAAGUUAAAAAGAUAUGAAAUAUUAAUCGGUGCUUCGUGGGAAUGGUAUGAUGCGGAUGAAACCCUCAACACAUUGAAGCUAAAGCUCCCAACUGGCUGUGAAUUGGACCAUGGUCUAGAAAUGUUGUUGAAGAGAUCAUGUGAAAAUUUGUAUUUGGAUGGGUCGGAGGGAGCUGAUAAUGUUGUGUACCACUCAGGUAGUGAAGAUUUUCAACAACUCAAGCAUCUCCAUGUCCAAAACAAUGCCCAAUAUACACAUAUCAUUACUGAGGAGGUUGUGUUGCGAAACUUAACAAGCUUGCAGGUGCGUGAUUGUAAUAGUUUAACUUUUGUGUUAUCGUCUUCCAUGGCUAGAAAUCGUGUAUCAAUGGAAGAGAUAGUGUCAACAACAGAAUAUGGUUGUUCUGCAUUGAAGGAUAUAAGGUCAUCUGCUAUUCCCUGCCAGAAUUUAACAACUUUGGAGGUAGUUGGUUGUUGCAACUUGAAAUAUUUAGCAACAUAUACGAUAGCCAAAACUUUAAAGCGGCUAAGAACAAUGAGGGUUGCCAGAUGUGAAAGAAUGACAGAAAUAGGGGCAACGACAUCAGAUGGAGAUGAUGCAGGAAAUGAUGGUGAGAUUUCUUUUUGCCAGUUGCAACGUUUGAACCUUUUAUCUCUACCAAGUCUGCAAGAUUUCUUCUCUGGAAAUUGCAUUGUCAAAUUCCCAUCCUUGAAAACUGUAAAUAUAUUCGAAUGCCCUAAGUUGAAGAUUAACAGCUUUGAGUGGAAGAGUUCCCCAGAACUACAAGGAGUGCAGAUAACAGAAGAUUAUUUGUGGCGGUGACGAGGAUGAAGAUGAUGACUGUUGAUGCAGAUGAUGGUGUUGGUGAGGGUGACGAUGUUAAUGAUGAC